AUAUCCUUUACAGCUUCCUGUAUCCUCCAAGAAGACAAAUUAUUUCUCCUCUCCUCUUCAGCUCCCACCAACUGAAUUAGUUUAUACUUUCAGCAGCGUUUCUAUCUCUGCAAAUUUUGGGGUCUAUAACACAACAAACAAUUAAUGGAGUGCUUAAACAUUGAUAAAAUGGGUAAGAGGGAUGAGAAGUUAGGAAAUCCAGAAGAAGAAAUCACUCUUGAUGGAACUGUAGAUAAGCAUGGCCGUCCUGCUGUGCGUGCCAAGACUGGAAGAUGGUUUGCUGGUGUUCUAUUACUUGUGAAUCAAGGUUUAGCAACAUUAGCAUUCUUUGGGGUUGGAGAGAAUCUAGUACUAUUUCUUACAAGAGUUAUGGGGGAAGACAAUGCUGAAGCAGCCAACAAUGUCAGCAAAUGGACUGGCACUGUUUACAUCUUCUCUCUUUUGGGAGCUUUCUUAAGUGAUUCCUAUUGGGGAAGAUACAAGACUUGUGCCAUCUUCCAAGCCAUUUUUGUUGCUGGACUAGCAUCAUUAUCAUUAUGUUCAUACAUUUUCUUGGUCAAGCCUAAUGGCUGUGGAGAUGAAAUAACCCCUUGUGGACCCCAUGAUUCAAGUAUCCAUAUUGUGCUCUUCUAUGUGUCAAUUUACUUAAUUGCACUUGGCAAUGGAGGGUAUCAGCCUACAAUUGCAACAUUUGGAUCAGAUCAAUUUGAUGAAGAUAAUCCUCAAGAAAAUCACUCAAAAGUGUCUUUCUUUAGCUAUUUCUACUUAGCAUUGAAUCUUGGUUCCUUAUUUUCAAAUACUUUCUUGGUCUAUUUUGAGGAUAAGGGAAUGUGGACACUGGGUUUUUGGGCAUCAGCUGGAUCAGCUAUUUUGGCAUUACUUCUUUUUCUAAUUGGGACACCUAGCUACAGACACUUUAAACCUACAGGGAACCCCAUUUCAAGAUUUUGUCAAGUAGUUGUAGCUGCAAUUAGAAAAUGGAAGAUAGAACAACCUUCAAAUGGAGGUGAGCUAUAUGAAGGUGAUGGAAGAGAGCUUGCUGAUAACAGCAGUCGAAACAUACUACAUACGAAAGAAUUUAAAUUCUUGGAUAAAGCUGCUAUAAUCACAUCAAAGGAAAGAUUAGAUAAUCCUUGGCGGCUUUGUCCGGUGACUCAAGUGGAAGAAGUCAAAUGCAUUCUAAGGCUAUUUCCAAUUUGGCUUUGUACAAUACUUUACUCUGUUGUGUUCACUCAAAUGGCCUCUUUAUUCGUUGAACAAGGCAAUGCCAUGAAAACAACAGUUUCAGGCUUUCACAUCCCUCCUGCAAGCAUGUCAAGCUUUGAUAUCCUUAGUGUAGCAGCAUUCAUUUUCAUCUACAGGCGAGUUCUUGACCCCCUCAUUGCCAGCCUAAAAAAGUCUUCUAUAAGAGGACUAACCGAACUCCAACGUAUGGGAGUUGGCCUCAUAAUUGCUAUAAUGGGAAUGGUAGCAGCGGGUAUAGUGGAGCAUUUCAGGUUACAAUAUGCCAACAAAGAUUGUUCUCAUUGCACGAAUUCGAGUUCUUUAAGCAUUUUCUGGCAAGUCCCACAAUAUGUACUAAUUGGAGCAUCAGAGGUUUUUAUGUAUGUUGGACAAUUAGAGUUCUUCAAUGGACAAGCACCUGAUGGAUUGAAAAGCUUUGGAAGUGCACUUUGCAUGACAUCAAUUUCACUAGGGAACUAUGUGAGCAGCUUGCUGGUUUCUAUUGUUACUAAAAUUUCGACUACCGAUAAAAUGCCUGGAUGGAUACCUGGGAACCUCAACAAGGGCCAUUUGGAUAGAUUCUACUUCCUCUUAGCAGCAUUGACAACAGCUGAUUUUGUGGUUUACCUCAUUUGUGCUAAGUGGUACAAAUACAUUGAGUUUGAACAAAGAAGUAGUGGAAAGCAAGAUGAAGAGAAGGAGGGUGAUUUGAGAAAACCUAUAUGAAUAAGAGUGUAAAAUUUCUUAACGUUUACACUGUUAGUGUAUAUAAGUUAAUAGUAACAGGUUAGAAAAGGGUAUGACUACUGCUUAUCUAAGUUGACUUAGCCAUUGUGUGUAAAGUCUAAAGAAGAUGGCUAGCAGAACCUCCAGAUGAAUGAUAUGUACCUAGAGAUUUGUUG